AUGGACACAAGUAGUGUUAUUAUCCAUGUGACAUUACCGAAGCUUCUGAAGAACAAUUACAGGGUAUACAUUGUGAGAAUCAUAAAAUCUGAACUUGGCGCUGAAAUGCUGCUAAACUACGAGAGAGCUAUGAUUUUAAUGAAUGAAUAUGUGAAGCUCCAUGACUACCGGUUGGGUUACGUCGUCGUGGUAGAUUGUAGAAAUAUAAACAUAGUGCAAUUGGUCAGCAAUAUAAAUAUUUUAGAACUGCGUGAAACGUUGUCUAUAUUGAUGGAUGGCUACGCCUGUCGUAUAAGAGACAUGCACGUAAUAUCGGAAUCUAAAACUGUGGAAGUACUUACAUCACUUCUGAAACAAGUCUUAAGUAACAAAUUAGCUGGAAGAAUCAAUGUGAUGAAGACUGUAGAAGAAUUGUAUAAAUAUGUGCCCAAAGAUAUGUUACCUAAAGACUAUGGAGGGACCGAAGUUACUAUGAAGGAGAUGCAUGAAAACUGGCGUUCGGAGUUAAGUACAAAGGAGAACGUUGAUUUUUUAAAAAUGAUGUGCAAUGCCCGUACUGAGGAGAAACACCGACUUAUUGAUCAGUAUAAUGACCAGAUACUAGGCAUAGCAGGAUCCUUUAGGACCCUGUCUGUAGACUAG